AGCGUCAACAACUGAACCUCCAGAAACUCACCACGUUUUAUCAAUCCCAGUACAGUUUAUUGUUCCCCAGAUCGAGGGUGGCUCGCACCAGUCAGCACCAGCCAAUCCCUGUGCCCCCUGGCCUCUCCUCAUCGCUGAUACCACUCGGAUCGAUUGCAAAAAUCGCCCCCCUCUAUAAUCUGGCAAUCUGUCGGCUCUCGCUGAUCCACCCACUCUUCCUCCGACAGCCUCAGCCUCCACCUCCACCUCCGCAAACAAAUCUCCGGCAGAGUGGGAUUUCUACGACCGACUAAGUGGGGAAGAUUUCUCGAUAGACGGUCACAUCCAGUGCUGCCAUGCCAUCCGCCACCGCGUCUGGGGCAGACACUGGGGGCUCUGCGAAAUCCCGCGAGCACAACCAGGGCAACCAGGACCGGAAAUACACACCCGAGCAGAAGGCGGCGGUGCUGAGGAUACGGAAAUGUUCGUCGACGGCGUAUUAUGAGAUCCUGUCGCUGGAGAAGACGGCCUCGGAUGGCGAGAUCAAGAAGGCCUAUCGCAAAUUGAGUUUAAUGACACAUCCUGAUAAGAACGGGUAUGAGGGCGCGGAUGAGGCGUUCAAGUUGGUCGCGCGUGCCUUCCAGGUCUUAUCGGAUCCCGACAAGAAAGCCAAGUAUGACAAGUUUGGAGGCGAUCCGGACAGCAGGUUCACCCCGAGUGCUGGUCCCUCGGACGGUUCGCCCUUUGGCGGAUUCAGCGGCGGUGGGUUCCAGCGGUCAGGCGCUGGUGGUCCGAUGUUCGAGGAGGAGAUUUCGCCGGAGGAGCUGUUCCAGCGGUUCUUUAGCGGAGGCUUUGGCAACAUGGGUGGUGGAUUUAGUCCUUUCGGUGGACCUCAGUUCGUUUUCAACAUGGGUGGCGGCCCCGGAUUCCGAGUCCAUCAAUUUGGAGGCGCUCGGCCACGGAGAAGGCCACGCGAAGCCAACGCCCGGGCCGCCGAGCCUGCGCCGUCGAUGUGGUCGACUUUUCAGCAGCUUCUUCCUCUCAUCCUCCUCUUCGUGCUCCCUUGGAUCUCGUCGCUCUUCUCCGGUUCCUCGACUCCUGCUGGCCCUUCGUACAGAUUUGAUGCCGCUGUGCCUCCCCACACGGUGCAUCGCACGACCCCCAAGUUGAAUAUCGACUACUACGUGAAUCCGGGUGAUGUGGAGGACUACACUGCGCGGAAAUUCCGACAACUAGACCAACGGGUGGAGGUGGACUACGUUUCAAAACUUCGGUAUGAGUGUGAGAGCGAGGUACACCUUCGCGAUCGCAUGCUGCAGGACGCCCAGGGCUGGUUCUUCCCGGAUGUAGAGAAGAUCAAGGAAGCGAGAGCGAUGGAGCUGAAGAGCUGUCGGCGUUUGGAUUCGUUGAAGGGGAAAUACUAAAGCAAGACUUGUCUGGCACGUGGGUGCCAUCUCUGCGGCUUUUAUACCUAAUUCUUUUGUUUUUUACGACCAAGCCCCUUGUCCAUUAGAUGUCCAUACGUGUGCAGGAUUUGACGGCGUUGACGGAGUGAUGACCCAGCUUGGAGUAGCUUUGUUUAGUACUAGCCUGACAGGAAUGUAUAUUCAGAUUGGAGCGUCGG